AUUUUUCAAUUCUCCUUUCUGGUUCUUGAUCUAAGAUUCUGAGGCUACCAUGGGGUUUGAGAAAGACGAAGCAAGCUCAUCGUCCCAUGUUCUUCACAUACCCAGAGAAGAAACCCCACUCUUAUGCAAGAAUCCGCAGCAACACCUCUCUUCCCAAACGAAGACCUUCGCCAAUGUGUUCAUAGCCAUAGUUGGGGCGGGUGUUCUUGGCCUCCCUUACACUUUCAGGAGAACAGGGUGGGCCAUGGGAGUCAUCCUCCUCUUCUCCGUCGCCUUCUUGACCUACUACUGCAUGAUGCUCUUAGUCAAUUCAAGAAGGAAGCUCGAAUCUCACCCCAAGAAGGCCUUCAAGAUCUCAUCUUUUGGAGAUCUGGGGUUUGCUGUGUGUGGGCCUGUUGGAAGGGCUGCAGUUGAUGCUAUGAUUGUUCUCUCCCAAGCUGGGUUCUGUGUAAGUUACAUGAUUUUCAUAGCCAGCACUUUAGCAAACAUAUUUAACCAUGAAACUGUCACCAACCCAGACCCUAAAAUCAUUGGGAUUUCCCCAAUAGUUGUGUAUGUAUGGAGCUGUUUCCCUUUCCAGCUUGGGUUGAACUCAAUCCAGACACUUACCCAUUUAGCCCCAUUGAGUAUCUUUGCUGAUGUGGUGGAUUUGGGGGCCAUGGGUACUGUGAUGGUUGAGGAUGUAAUGGUGUACCUGCAGAACAGGCCAGUUCUGCAGGCCUUUGGGGGGUUCACUGUGUUCUUCUAUGGCCUUGGAGUGGCUGUGUAUGCCUUUGAAGGGAUAGGAAUGGUGUUGCCAUUGGAAUCAGAGAUGAGGGACAAGGCUAAAUUUGGGAGAGUCUUGGGAUUCUCAAUGGCCCUCAUUUCUGUCAUGUAUGGAGCUUUUGGAAUCUUGGGUUACAUGGCAUUCGGGGACGAAACAAACGAUAUAAUCACCUCGAAUAUGGGGCGGGGAAUCGUGAGUAGCAUAGUCCAAAUCGGACUAUGCAUCAACCUGUUCUUCACAUUCCCGCUAAUGAUGAACCCAGUGUACGAAGUCCUCGAGAGGCGAGUGACCCAUGGGCAGACAUGUUUGUUGCUGAGAUGGGGAAUGGUGUUUGGGGUGAGUUUGAUGGCUCUGCUAAUCCCAAACUUUGCGGAUUUCUUGUCACUGGUGGGGAGCAGUGUGUGCAUUGUUUUAGGGUUUGUGUUGCCUGCUUUGUUUCACUUGAUUGUGUUCAAGCAGGAAUUGGGGACUGUUGGAUUGGUGUGUGAUGGAGCACUCACUGUGUUUGGCAUCAUUUUUGCUGUUUAUGGGACUUGGUCUUCUCUGCUUGAGAUCUUUGCAACUAAGGCUUAAGCUAUUGUAAUUAUGUGAGUUGAUGAUUAUCAGUUUUUGUUUUACAUAUAGCUGUGUAAAAAGUGUGCAUCUUGCUCUAUACAGUUGUGAAAAUUGUAUCAUAUGUUUGCAGACUUUGAAUCUUGUAGUGUGGUUACUUUUUGUUUUGUACCAUUUUUACCUUACACCCUGUUUCAUUCCAAGAAAUAUAAUAAGAAUUCUAUUUAUUACUUAUUA